AUGUCCUCUGAAAGAACGCGCCCCAACCAGCUACGGCCUGUGUCAUGUCGUGAUUUGCAAGACGGUCGACGCUUUGAGUUUCCGCCAAAACGGGGCUCUUCCUGCACACAAGCCGACGCAGGCGAAGCUGGACAGUUGACGAAAAAGGUGUGCAUGUGGCGCCACGGAAACUCUUUACCCUUUCGCGGAAACCGCCUUUAUCUGCAGCUCAUUUUCCUCCGGCAACUGAAUAGUUUACAAUUGUCGAGCUUACUUCCAUUUCGAGUGAAAGUGGUUGAUGAAGAUAUUCCAGUGCAGCCAAAUCGGCUGUCGUCGUCUGGUGGAAUUAAGCUCAACAAGUAUGAAAUAAACGACUCCUCGAAACCCAACUUCUAUGUGAAUAGUUCACUUUUCUCCAGGUCGCUAUAG